AUGCCGUACACAUUGCAGGUCGGCAAUGCCAAGAAAAUCAUAGAUCCUCUGAUACGGAACGAACGUGUUCUUUCGAUAAUCGGAGUUUGGCCACAGUAUCAGGAUCACGUGAUGUUUUGUAUCUCGGUGGUUUAUUAUACUUCGUUCUUAAUCUUGGGUUAUUGGGAUCUCUUGGACAGCCUGGGGAAUCUUGACAUGGCGAUGGUGAAUGUUCUAGCGACCAUUUCGGCGUCUAAGAUCACUGUGUUACAUCUCUGCGCCAAAUUGUCGAUAUUGUCUUAUCGUAUUAGAAAUAUUCAACCGAAACCAUCGGAACGAUUCAAAGAUAACAUCAGACGAGCAGUGAUCAUGCAUUUGGAGCUAACAAAUAAAUCUCUUUGCAGGUUGUCGAAAACAUUAAACGACAGUUAUCAUACGAUCCUCCUGACAGAACUCAUCAUCAGUGGCUUCAGAGUGGGGCUGGUUUUGUACGUUGUACUGAUCAAAUUGUCUAGCGAGCCAGCGAUGGCAUACAAUUUCCUGUUUCUCGCUACUGUUUUGACUGUCUAUUUAUACUUGUACUCUUACAUUGGCGAACAGCUAAUAUACGAGUCGCAGAGGGUCGGUGACGCGUUCUACGAUAUCAACUGGCCAGAGGUGACAAGCCGCGAUAGAAAAAUCUUAUUGAUCUGUAUAACGAACGGACAACAAGCGAUGUACGUCACAGCUGGGAAAUUUUACAUCUUCUCGUUGUCCGGUUUCACUGGAGUAAGUACAAUUGCUCCCUUUUAUUUGCUUGCAAGGGAACAUAUUCAAUUUGUCGAACGUCGAUUUUGUUAAAAGUUAUGUGGUAGGUAGUUCUCAAAAAAAUAUCUGACACGUAAAAACUUUCGAUGGAAUAUCGAUAAGAUUUAAUUGUGUGUUUAGUAUUCAAGAACCAUGAAACACAAAAAAGGAACUAUUAAAUAUCGUUUAUCUUUAAUUGCAAGGUUAACGUUUGCAUUGUGCAUCACGAUCAUUACCUACCGAAAUUAUUUUUUUUUUACUUACGUUUAAAAACAUUUACAGACUUCAUUAAAAAACUGGAAUAGUAGAAAUUAAGUUAACUCUCGUGUAAAUCAUAGUCAACAAAAAUAAAAGAAAAAAGAACGGUCAACAUAUAAUACAAUUAACAAUAUCACUACGAAUGUCAAAAUUAAUUACCGAUUUAUUUCUAAUGUACCUAAUAAAAUAUUUACGACUGUUUCUGUCCCACGUAGAUUAUGAAUACAUCCUUGACUAUUUUCUCCAUGCUACGAGCUGGGAUGUAAGCGUACGAUAGAAAGUGUGCAUUGCGAUUAGAAAGAUUUUCAACCAACACGGUGGUACACUGUGUUUUGCACAUUGUUUUAUUUCCCACUGCAAUAUUUAUUUCUCGCUGUCUAACCAUGACCUGAUUACCGUCGACACGUGAAAAUGUAAACUUCUAUUCUAUCGAUCAAGGUAGUAAGAGCGUUUCGUGGUUUCAUAGUGGCUAAAUAUUAGCAAAUAGAAACAAUAUAUUUUCCAUUACAGUUAACCUGUGUAAUGUUGAAUGACCUUCAA